GCACAGAUGUGACGUCACCAGGCGGAAAUCAAAGAUGGCCGACAGCAAGCCUCAAACUGCUCAAGUUAGCGCAAAGCGUGUGUUAACCCGGAGAACCUCUUAGACGUUGCUGCAAGUAUUUUGACUUGGUGGUACACCUUUCUACCUUUGGGUUCGUCUCCCACAUGAAUUGGAGGUUCAAGUUGGCUUUGUUCGUCUGUAACGGACUCACUAAAUUGGACAAUAGUCCGCCGCGUUAGCCGCGUUAGCCGGCGGAGCAGCGCCUGCAUUUGUUUUUGUCUGGAGGGUGUGAUCUAACAUCGAGAAGCCUUUUUACUUCACCUUUUUCUUUAGCGAAUUGGACUGUAACUUUUCACCUGGACUGCGUCUGUUUGUACCGCGGGUGGGAUCCAGCUCGCGGUGUUGUUCAUCCGAGGCCAACUUGGCAACAAAGCCGCACUUUGCGGACAACGGACCCGACUCGACUCGAGCCUCCGGACCACCGAGCAGCAUGGAUCCGAAGCGCGAACGCUGCAAAGCUCAGGCGAGCAGCAGCAGCAGCAGCAGCAGCGACUCGAGCUGCGGCAGCCCGGCGUCCCCCUCCGGCAGCCCGGCUCCGGGGACCGGAAGCCUCGCGGCGGGGCCCGCGGGCAACGCGUUCGCCAACGACGGCAGCUUCAUGGAGAUGUUCAAGAAGAAGAUGGAGGCUGAGGCGAAGAGGAAAAAAGAUACGCAGCAAACUGGUGGCGAGGCGAGAGCCACCGAGCAAGGACAGACACCCGUGGAAAAGAAGCCCCCUCCCGUGACCAGCUUUGUGGGAAAGCGCAGAGGCGGCGUGUUCCUAAAGACCGGCAUGGUUGCAAAGAAGCAGAAAGACGAAACCGAAAGCAAGCCGGGCAAGAGCGAUGCCUGGUCAAAGUAUAUGGCCGAGGUAAAAAAGUACAAAGCCCACGAGUGUGGGGACGACGAUAAGACCAGGCCUCUGGUCAAGUAGGGUUCCAACAAAGUGUGUGCAAGGUGGACGACCUUCUGGGAGAAGCUCUGGGACGGCCGGCCAAUCCUGGACCUUCUCGUGCUGCCAGUUGUAGUCACGCUUUGCAUAACGUACGCUUCUCUAACUGCGUAGAUCGACUGGCCCUUUUUGUUUUAUAUUUUUGUUUUGCUUAUUAUUUGUUGGGACUCUGAUCUGAUGUCAAAGAGGUGUUUUUUGGUAAUUUGGCAUUCAUUAAAAUGUUUUCUAAUUUGUCAUGUUAGGGUUCAUUAGCAGUUGGAUUUGAUUAAAUAGCCAAACCGUUGUCCAUUAAAUCUACACUGCCCAUUAA